AUGACCCCAGAAAAUUCCAGUCCAAGCAAUACAAGUGCUGCAACUGAUGUAGAUGAUUCUUUGGAUAACUUGCGUCAGUCUUUCAACAUCAUAUCUAUCGCUGUUUUCUCCCUGGUCUCUGUCCUCGGUGUGCUCGGGAAUGGAGUGGUCAUCUGGGAGACCGGGUUCAGGAUGAAGAAAACUGUUAACACAGUUUGGUACCUCCACCUUGCUGUGGCUGACUUCAUCUUUGCAGCAUUUCUGCCCUUUAGUGUGACAUUCUUGGCUUUGCGGUUUCACUGGCCCUUUGGCGAUUUCAUGUGCAAGCUGGACGCCACUACAAUCUCUCUGAACAUGUUUGCCAGUGUCUACAUUCUGGUGGUGAUCAGUGUGGACAGAUGUGUGUCUGUGGUGUGGCCUGUCUGGGCUCAGAACCACCGAAAUGUACGCAAUGCAUUCUAUGCGAGUCUGUGUGUUUGGGUGGUGGCUUUGAUUGUCAACAUUCAAUAUUUUUUUUUCAUGCACACAGAGAAAGUAUCUAAAAACACAACUUACUGCUUCAGCAGUGUUGAGGAUUUUAAAUAUGCAACACCAUCUGUCUUUCAUACCAUUUCAAUCACCCACUUCCUUUUAGGAUUUGCAGUCCCCUUCACUGUCAUUGUCUCUUGUUAUGCUGUCAUCAUCCAUCGUCUCAGGAGAAACCACAGCCUGGCCAGCCAAUCAAGUCGCCCCUUUAAAGUUAUUGCUUCCAUUAUCGUCACUUUUUUUCUGUGUUGGGGGCCCUAUCACAUCAUUGAUCUAAUUCAGCUGGUGGUAUUUAAGGCACCAAAUGAAACAUUUCACUAUGCCUUUCAAAUUGUGUUGUAUGUCGCCGAGAAUUUGGUCGUUCUUCACUGCUGCUUGAAUCCACUGCUGUAUGUCUUCUUGAGACAAGAUUUUAAGGCUGAAAUACGAAAAUCCAUCCUGAAUGUGCUGGAGAGUGCCUUCAAGGAAGAGGAGACACGCUCUCCCAGUGACAUGAAGUCAGUGAACACCAGGCAGAGCAGAGAGAAGUCAGAAUUGAUUACUGAGGUAUAA